CUCCGUGCUGGCGCUCUAGUGAUCCGGUUGCUCACCGUCGCUUUUAGUUCGAAGCCGCCUCAUGAAGACUCAACACUAAGAUUUUCGUCAUCUCUUUAAAGAGCUGAUACCUAAGUGAAAAUAAUUGUGAUAUUUAGUGAUAGGUGCCAAAUAAGUUUAUUAAAAUGGAUGACGACCAGCAGUUCUGUUUACGGUGGAACAACCACCAGUCCACGUUGGUAGCGGUAUUCGACACAUUACUAGAGAACGGUACGCUGGUCGAUUGCACGUUGGCCGCGGAGGGCAAGUUCCUCAACGCGCACAAGGUGGUCCUUUCGGCGUGCAGUCCAUAUUUCGAGGCGCUGCUGUCUCGGCAUUACGAUAAACACCCGAUCCUCAUACUGAAAGACGUGAAAUUCCAAGAACUGAAAGCGAUGAUGGACUACAUGUACCGCGGCGAGGUCAACAUAUCGCAGGACCAGCUCGCCGCCCUCCUCAAAGCGGCCGAGUCCUUGCAGAUCAAGGGUCUGUCCGACAAUAAGAAAGACGAGCCCAACAGGAAACCGGCGGCGACGGCGCCGCCCCCCAAAAGUCCGCAACCACAGUCUGCCCUGCCGAAAGUACAGGGACUGACGAUAGAGCAGCGCAGUCGGGAUGACAGAGAGGGUUCGAUGUCGCCCGGUCCGCGCAAGAAAAAAAGGAUGCGGCGCAAGAGUGAAGAGAUGGACAACCACAACGACCACGCGUCCAACUCGUCGGACGCGCACAGCCUGCCCGCCACCAACAUUCCCACGACCGCACAGUUACCCGCCUCCGUUAAACUGAACUCGUCCGAAAUCGCCGCGCCCGAACAAAUCGAAACGAAACAAGAGAUAUUGAGCAGGCACGCGAAAGAGGAAAACGUAAGCACCGGCCAGUCGCAACACCAGCAGCACCAAGUUCCUAUCAUCAAAGAGAAAAUCGAGACUCACACGGAACUGAUGCUCGAACCGAAAUCCGAAUACGUGGACGAAAUGAACGAGGACAGUAUCGAGGACUUGACAUUGGACGACGACGACUUGAGCAAUAUGGAACAAAUGGACGACGGGGCGGGGCCUAGUCACGGCGGCGAGGGAUCGUCCCAGCAAGGAUUCGGACAAUGGCAUAUGGGCAAUCAAUCGCAAGACGAAGUGUUUUUGGCCGCGCAAGAGGCCGUCGGUGCACACAGGGACUCUCAAGGCCAGACCGUGCAAAAAGAGCCGAAAACGUGCUUAAACAAGCUCGGCGUUAACUUCCGUUUCGAACCGGGCGACGACAUCGAGAUGGACGUGGCAGAACUCGCCGAUCUGGCGGACAUGUCCAAUUUUCUGUCGGUGCCGGACGACAGUAUCUCGUGCGACAUUUGUGGUACCCUCUUCCGGCAUAUUUCUUCGCUCAGAUACCAUAGGAAGCACAAGGUGUGCCUGAAACCCAAAAGGGAGGAGCUGGAACCCAAAGUGCUGCAGUGUCACAUCUGCGAGAAGAUAUUCAACACCAUUUCCGGAUUAAACUACCACAUGAGAAGGAAGGUUUGCGAACAGCAAGACGAAGAGAAAGAGGAGGAAAUCAUCCAGUGCGAAAUGUGCAACACCGUUUUUAAGCACAUGACAUCGUUGAGGUACCACUUGACCCACAAAGUGUGUCUUAAACCUAAAAAGGAGGAGAUGGAACCCAAGCCUCUUCAGUGCGAGAGCUGCGAGAAAAUAUUCUCCACCACCACCGCCUUGAACUAUCACCUAAAAAAUAGAGUGUGCGAACCCAAAGAACCCAAGGAACCAAAAGAACCCGCAGAGAUCCUCUGUAAAUUGUGCGGCACCUUAUUCAAACACCUGACGUCGUUAAGGUACCAUCUCAAGCACAAGGUCUGCCUAAAACCAAAGAAAGAAGAGAUCGAGCCGAAGCUGCUUCAGUGCGAGGUGUGUCAGAAAGUAUUCACGAGCAAUUCAUCGCUAGAGUAUCACGUAAAGAGGAGAGUCUGCGAGCAACAGAGAGUCAUACUGAGCCCCCCCUUUACUUGCGAUUAUUGUGGCACCUCGUUCGAGUUAAGGCAGACCUGGUACGCUCACAUCAAGCGACAGGUGUGCAAAAAGUACCCAGAAAGGUACAUCCAAAAGACUUUGGAGAGUACCGUCAAGAUCGAGGUCGAGGAGCCAUUCGGUAAUUAGGUCGGUGCCAUAUUUUAACCCCCUUUUAGCGUUUUUUAUGUAGCUAGAAUAGACUUCGUUGAAUUAUAUCUUCUUAACUGUAAUUUGGUGUUACUGUAUAUUUUCUGAGCGUGGUGCUGAUUAAUGGUCGGGGUGCAAG